AUAUUUCUGGGGAUAUUAUGUUGUGCAUGUAAACUGCAUACGGGGUGAGACAGAUGAGAUAUCCACAUAUUGCCUGAUGCCUUGCAGUUGCCUAUUCUGCGUGAUCAUAUUGAUCACUUUCAGUGCCGCAUUUUAUGCUGGCAUAUAUGUUGCACAGAAUUAUGAAGUACCAAGAGUGGAUGAGCCCUCUAAACUUCUUGAGAGAUUGAAAGAAUUUGCUAAUGAACAUAAAAAGGACAAGUGAGGAAAGAGUCUUAAGGAAUAAACUAUAACCUGCACAGUUUUGUGGUUGUUCACUGUAAAUAAUUUGUUAGUGCUGGUCAAAAAAUAGUACUUUAUCAUUUAUUCCAAAUAUGCCAGUAAUACAUAUACAUAUAUAAUUAUAAA